GCUGGGAGGUAACUGGCGGUCAUCUCGAUGCUACACACCCGCACGCACCCGCGAACCCUCUCAUCCGACGGGUUUCAUUCAGUGACGUAAUAUGCUGACGGGUCAUACUUGCUCGCAGUGUGCACUGGCGCCCUGUGCGAUAGGGGAAGAUAGUCGAUCACGCUGGACGUCUGAAGAGGUUAACGCGACUGACCCCUCCCCGCGUUGCCAUUUACCGUAUUCAUAAUCGCACCCGCAUGAGCUGCGCCUUAAAAGUGGAGGGGCUGCCCGAGCGCGCCGGGAACCCACGAGGAGCUGUCUCCGUUACGCGUGGUGCUGAAAGUGCCGCUCGCCGCAUCAUGUGGUCGGUCCUCUUCGUCUUUCUGUCUCACCUGGACAGAACCUUCGUCAGGGGCGACUUCCCGGAGCGCGCUCUGGACGCGGAGGAGCAGAGCCAGGAGAUGUUCUCCAGGCCCGACGGCACCUUUUGCGCCAAAAUGUCGAGCGCGGGGGAGAAUUUCCUGUACCGGGUGUCGGACGGCGCCGAGGUGGUGAGCUCCGUCGUCAGCUCCUCCGGGGAGCUCGUGACCUGCAGCGUCGUAGCGAACCAGACCCAGGCCAGGUCGUUCGUGCACGAGUGCAGGUCGGGGCCGAGGGGACGCAGAGGCGGGCGGCGGCUGCAGGCGCGUUUUGCGCGCAUGAGCGAAGCCAAACCGAUUUGCCGCGAGUUUAAAUCGAAGUCCGGCCGCGGUGGCAGCGCGAACAGGGACGACAGCGAUGACUCCUCGCUGCAGAACAAGGUACUGAAACGAUCAAAGAGAGGCUUUACUUACCCUGGGACUCUGUGGUGCGGAGCCGGUAACAUGGCUGAUCACUAUGACCAGCUGGGGGAAUUCGCAGAGACCGACAGCUGCUGCCGAAUUCACGACCACUGUCCCCAUGUCAUCCACGCCUUCUCCUCCAACUAUGGCCACACCAAUUUCAAGUGGCACUCCAUCUGUCACUGUGACUGUGAUAAAGCCUUGAAAGCUUGUCUGAGGAAAGUCAACGACACGUCGUCCAGGGUUGUUGGUCAGGCGUUCUUCAAUGUCAUCGGCGUGCCUUGCUUUGAGUUAACCUAUGAGGAGCAGUGUGCAGAGCGUCACUGGUAUGGCCUGUGUAAACUUUAUGAGAAACGCCCCAUUGCUGUGCUGAGAGAGGCGGUCCCAUAUGACUUUGGUGGUAUUGAUGUCAUCGAUGAGCUGACCUUGGCUCCUCCCAGUAGUAAAGAUUCCAAGACCAGUGCGGAAGAGGAGAAACCAGAGAGUACAACUCAGUCGACCAUGUCAGGCCCCGGAGAGCCGUCACUUACAAAUGUCGUCACGGCCGCUGAGGACUUCAUCAAAGUCCUCGCUACUGUCUCCACCUCUCAAAGCUCCGCCACCGACUCUGACAAAGGCGAGGCGCAGAGCUCAGAGAAGAAGAAGAGGAAGAACACGGGAAAGAAGAAGAAAACCACCAAGAAGCAGAAAGGAAAGGGGAGGAAGAGAAAGCAGAAAGCCGAGGCGGGCGUUAAAACAGAGGAAGGAGCUGCAGUUUCACCCUCUGGCAGCAAAGCAGGGGAAGUCGUCGCCCUGACUAACUUCAUCAAUGAGUCGCACAAACAAGACCUGUCGAGUACGACCAGAGUCCGUAACCACAAAUAUGAGCUUGGAGGAAAAGGAGAGCCCUCCAACGAAGUCAUGAAAGAUGAACCGGCGGUGGAUAAGCAGACUGUUUCCAUCACGCCUUCGAUGAUAGUCCAGAAGAAGCCAGCAGGGUCGGUCACUGACACGGAGGAAAUCACACUUUCUGCGUCAGCGAGCACAACCGCUGUUCCACUUAAGGCAAAACACAGAGGGCUAAGAAAGGGGAGGAGAAAGAAGAGCAAGAAAGUCCCUCCUCCUUCCUCCGAGGAUCCUGUAACGAACACAGCAGACCACUCGAGUGGCAUUUCUGUCCCCUCUAUCAUUACCAUAAGCCCUUUGGCACACCCUGAGCAACAAAGCUUUGGGGCCGACCCUGAAAAGCGACCUGUCGGGGGCACUGCUAGUGCCUCCAUUGGAAUCCCCAAAGUCAAAAGGAACAGGUCAAAGGAGAGGGGAGACAGCGAGGGGAGGAAAAAAAGGAGGAAAGUCAGCUCAGCUCCCCCCAUUGUGGCCACUGCCCAUGAAAAUUCCUCUGUGAGCAAUCUGAAAGUGAUCCAUCACCGCGGGGCUCCCACCGUAACGCCGGUCUCCACCAAAGAGCCACAGGUUCCCCACUGGCUGAACAUUUAUGGAGGACAAACCUCCAGCCACAUUACGGUGCCGAACUCUUCCCUGGGUGUUGUGCAAAGGCAAAGGUCAAAAGGGAGAGGCGCGAGAAGGAGGAAAACGGCUUUGCCUCUUCCGAGUGAAAACCCAUUGUAUCACAACACCUCUGACAAUAUGCUUCCCAUUCUCACAACUCCAGACACGAAAGGUGCACUGAACGGCAACGCAGCCACCGCUGCGAUUACUAGGUCCACUCACAGUGCAUGGGGGCUUUCUGCAACGGCUGCCCCUGCUGUCAGUCCGAAACGGCACAGGCAGACAAUCAGACGGCAGAGAAAGUCACGACAGAGAAAGUCACGACAGAAAGCUGCGCCUGCUGCCAUCGUCGACGGAGCUCCUGUCCCUGAACAAACCGAAAACACUCCGACGACAUUUACACCCACACCGUCCAAAGUCGCCACUGCUGAAGAGCUCAGUCCACAGAGGUCGGAGAAGCCCAUGACCACCUCAGCUACACCCGCCAUGAGUCCAAUUCAGUUGUCCGUUGAGAAAGCAAAAGCACAAUUCACCAGGAAGAAGAGGAGGAAAGCAGCGCAGUCCGUCAGGCAGCAAUGAGCCACGUGGGGCGGGAACAGCAGGAUAGGCCCAAACGAAGGCAAGUUAUCUGGCUACGCUAUAGGUGCUGUCGAUUGCUUCACACGAGAUAAGUAAUACAUCAAAUGUGUAAAGUAGAAUCUCCUUUUUUAGCAUUAAAAUCACCCAAAAAUGACAGAAAUCAAAUUUGAUUGAAAUGUUGGUCUGCAUGUCUGUAAUAAAAUUUCCAAAUGACUAUGAAUGUAUCACACAGUUUUACCAUGUUGCUAUAUCUAGUGAUAAAAUGAAAUAAAACAAAACCUCUCGCCUCUUUUCUUUUCAAAUUCACAUUUUAUUUUACAUCCAAAGAUUUAGUUGGAAGUCGAUACUAUUGCAACUUUCAUAUUUGUUUGAAGCUACCACACAAACUGCAUGAUGAAAUACUGUGAAUCAAACUAGCUUUAGACUUGCUGGUAGGUCAUUGCGUCACCCAUGUUCCCACUUUUUAAACUAAGCUAACCAACUGCUAAAAUUAGCUUCAUUUAGAGCAUACAGGCAUGAGAGGGACGUAUUGAUUUGAUAAUUGAAAAUGGGGC